AGAUAUUCAGCACCGGGAGCAGUACAGAACCAACCACCUGCUGGUUCGAUGAAUUCCUGUUAUCAAGCGCCAUCUGGACACGAUAUGUGCUCACCCCAGCUGAUGUCUCCAAAUCAAACUUCAGUUCCAGGUGCAGUUUCACAGGCUCCUGCUAAUGGUUUGCCACCUCCUGGAGUGAAUAACAUCCCUCUGCAACGGAAUAUCGCUAAUAGUAACUUUGUUUAUUGUGAAUCUAUUUUGUUUUUAGUGGAAAUGCAACCAAAUACAGCUCCUUCUGUGAAUUCUCAACACAUUCGUUUGGUGCAGCAAACUUCUUUUUUCUAUGGACAUGAUCCAAGCGUUGCUGGAAAUUUGCAAUCAGAUAUGUGUUUGGUGGGUUGUUUUUUCGUAGUCAUUGAACAUGAAGAAGUAUUAUUGGAUCGUUUGGAUGUAAUGGAUGUCAGUGCCACAGUUCGAUUACAUGGUGGAGAAAUUGAAUUUGGUACACGAGCCUAUAAUAACGUGAACAGUGAAAGGGUAACCCAUGUCAUCUGUGAAUCAAUGCGACAUCAAUUAGUUCAGCAGGCAUUUAAGAAAGGCAAACGGUGUGUAACACUGCACUGGUUGAAUGAUGUUAUUAGCAAAAAACAUCUCGAAGCACCCUGGUGUGCUUAUCAUCUGCCAACUUUUUGGACAGAUAAUCACAGACCAGCCUAUGGCAAAAUAAUAUGUGUUAAUGGUUUUGAUGAGGAUGAAAUACCAAACAUUAAGAUGAUGAUUAUUGCCAUAGGAGCUCGUUAUACUCCUCAUUUCACCGCUCACAACAAUUAUAUGAUCUCAAAAACAUACGACACCGAAAAAUUUGAGGAAUGUCGUGAAAUGGACAUAGUAAUUGUUACAUAUCAGUGGCUGGUUGAUUUAUAUUUGGGUGUUAAAAAUUCAGUAAGUGAUGAUGAAAAUUAUCGGCCUGUCCCUGGUAUGGUCACAGAUAUCAACAUCACACCUUAUAAGCUGGAGCUUGUUUCAGAACUUUGCAAACAAUUGUUAUAUGCAUGGAAAGUGCCCAUUUUAUUUACAAAUGAGCAGUGGCAGCGAGCUCUUGAAGUUAAAAAAAGUGUUAGCAGUGAUGAAAACAUUUUUCCAACUAUGCGAUUGCGUAUGACUACUCCUCCUCCCACCAACGAAGAAAUCGAAGCGCAUUUGUCUAAAAUUGGUCCAGUGACAGAUGAUCUUCCUGUAGUAUGUUUCACAGGUUUUCCUCUUGAAGAGGAAGAUUGCUUGGCUAGGAAAGUACGUUUUCUUGGCGCAAAAGUUACUCAGAAUGUAUCUGAAUGCACGCAUCUUGUAGUACUCAAUUUGUGGCGUACAUUCGAACUUUUAGUUGGAGUAGCAUUAGGCAAAAAUAUUGUUGGCUUUAACUGGGUGAAUGACGGAUAUCGAUAUCGUUAUUUCCCUGAUACUUAUGAUUACUUUGCACGUGAUGAGGACAGCGAGAAAGUAUUUGGUUACAAUCUGAAAUAUAGCGUUUUAAGAGCACGUCACAGGAAAGCAUUUCAGGGUGCAACGUUCUAUCUGACUCCAACUGUUGAGCCUUCUCGAGAACAGCUGUCGACUCUCAUUGAAUGUGCAGGAGGUGUUGUUCUAAAAGAAUUGCCAGAACCUCAAUAUGUGAUACGGUGUAUUGAAACAGAAUCGUUGCUGCUUUUAAUCAGUAAUGAAAGUGACGUGCAUUUGUUACAGUACUUAACUGAUGCUGGAUUGCCUGUUUUCAACGCAGAAAUAAUUCUGACGGGUGUUUUGCGUCAGAAACUAGAAAAUUCGUCUCUUUAUCGCAUAACACCUAGCCGACCUCCACUGUCGUCAUCACAGCCUCAACCGGCCAAAGGUGCAGAAAACCCUGCUAGUCAUCGCGUAGCUUCUAAUCGACAACCAUUACAACCACUGUCAGCACAAGCGCAGACAACCAGAAGUGCUCAACACAAUGUUUCUCAUCGGGUCAAUUCAUAG